AACUGAAAUACCAACGAGAAAACGGCAUUCGAUUAAGCAGUUCUGAAAAUUCUUUCUCAACUCGUUUUCAGUUUUAGUCUUCUUCUUCCCUCAUCAACACGCUUCACCAAAAUCCAAUUUCAAUUUCAAUAUUUAUAUGUAAACAACACCACCAACAUUCCUCUCAAAUUCCGCACUCCCUCACCAUGGCGGGUGCACACUCUUCUCAUCAUCACAGACCGCCCACCACCGCCACCUCUUCCUCCCGUCUCCUCCUUCUCCUCACCGUCCUCCCCCUCACCCUCGCCGCAUUCGCUUUCAUCCUCCAAUGGCGCGGCGGAGUCACCGAUCCUGUCACCCGCUGGUCACCCGAUCAACACCUCUUCCCCGGUAUGUCAAUCUCUAGCCACCAACAACAAUCGAAAACUCGUUCACGUUCCGAUUGUUCCAAUCUUUUCCCCGGUUCUCAUUCCCCUUCUUUCCCUUACUUCCGUGAUUGGAAACUCGAUUACUCCUCCGAUCUUUCCCCUAAGAUAUGUAUUACAACGAGUACUUCCGCUGAUUUGGAGCAAACAUUGCCAUGGAUCUUUUAUCAUAAAGUUAUGGGAGUUUCUACUUUUUUCCUUUUCGUUGAAGGGAAAGCUGCAUCGCCUAAUGUAUCUAGAGUUUUAGAAAGCAUUCCGGGGGUCAAAGUUAUAUAUAGAACAAGAGAAUUAGAGGAGCAACAAGCUAAAAGCCGUAUAUGGAAUGAAACUUGGUUGGCAAGCUUCUUCUACAAACCGUGUAACUAUGAGUUGUUUGUGAAGCAAUCUUUGAACAUGGAAAUGGCAAUUGUCAUGGCAAGGGAUUAUGGCAUGGAUUGGAUCAUCCAUCUGGAUACUGAUGAACUGAUACAUCCAGCAGGAACUCAGGAAUACUCAAUGAGACAGUUGCUAUCUGGUGUGCCUGGGGAUGUUGACAUGGUUGUUUUUCCAAAUUAUGAAAGCAGUGUUGAGCAAGACAAUAUCAAGGAGCCUUUCAGUGAGGUAUCAAUGUUCAAGAAGAACUAUGAUCACCUUCCAAAGGAUGUGUAUUUUGGAAAUUACAAAGAAGCAACUCGUGGCAAUCCAAACUAUUUUCUAACUUAUGGAAAUGGGAAAGCAGCUGCCAGGGUUCAGGAUCAUCUCCGUCCUAAUGGUGCACAUAGAUGGCACAACUAUAUGAAGACACCUAAUGAGAUCAAGUUGGAAGAAGCUGCUGUUCUGCAUUACACUUACACCAAAUUUUCUGAUUUGACUUCAAGACGUGAUCGGUGUGGCUGCAAGCCUACAAAAGAUGAUGUAAAAAGAUGUUUCAUGUUAGACUUUGACAGAGCUGCGUUCAUAAUUGCUUCAACUGCUACGGAGGAAGAAAUGCUUCAAUGGUACCGUGAACACAUUGUGUGGACAGACAAAGCACUAAAGAUGAAACUUAUUAGAAAAGGCAUCUUAUCUCGCAUUUAUGCUCCCAUGGUAAAAUUCAUUUCCUCAAAUUUUCUUUCUGGUUUCUACUCAAGCGAUUUAUACUGUUACUUUACAGUUCUUAGAGAACGUCCAAACUUUUCUUCCAAAACAUUGCUUUUGCAGGUCAUUAUGCAAAGUUUGAGAGAAUCUGGUGUUUUUAGCUCGGUGAUUGCGAAAGCUGCUCAGACAACAAUAUCAAAAGACAAAUUUUUAAAGUCUGUUGAGAGUAGCAAUUCAACUAGGAAUGACAGAUCAGAAAUGAUAUCUUCUAGAAAAAUUGACGCUGGUGGAGUAUCCCAAACAAUUGCAAGAAGAAUCUUGGAGGUUAUAGAUGAUUCAAUUCCCUCUGCAAUUCCACCAUUAUCUCCACCCAGCUAUGAUGAUGCUGACUUCCAUACGUCCUAGAUUUCGACUGACUCCUUGCCAUGGCCAUAAAUUCUGGAGAUUUUUUUAAAAGAGGCAACGAUAGAAGCACGGCUGUCAUGAUGGGCAUAUCAGUUUUAGGAUUCAUGGGUUUUUUCCCGAUCAUUACCCAAGCGCUUAUGUAAAUUUCAGGUAUAGAGUGUAGGCUUAGUGUAGGUAUCAUACAGGGCAGACUUUUCUAUCUGCUCAUUAUUCUUUUCCUAUUUCUUCUGGGCAGAUUGGCUGCUAUUGUAAUGGAAACCAGAGGCCUAUUCUAUUUUUUGUUCAUACACAUUGAGAGAGGCAUGCUAUACAUUAUACAUACAGGUUGAGAUUAUCUCCCCCAGUUGGAAAAAGGAGAAAUGAUCCAUACAAUGAAAAUGAUAUCUUGCCAAUUUUUGUAGGCAUUGGAAUUGCUUCAA